CACCUUACAGUCCAGCAGGGAGAACAGAAUUAAUGUCCGAACUUGUAUCUGAUAAGGUCUAUUAUUUUGGUGGAUAUGGAAUUAAUGGCGCAAUGAACGAAUUUUUUUAUAUUGACUUGACUCAGCCAUUUUAUAGCUUUUCUCCUACAUAUCAAUUCAUAAAAUAUUUGGAUUUUAGAGGUGGAGCUAGUGCUAUCUCUGAUGCAAAUAAUAUAUAUGUUUUUGGUGGUUAUGGCAGUUCCGGCUCACCUAUUCGUGAACUUUAUAUAAUUCAACAAUUAUUUUCAGCGGAUCCAGUAAUCAAUUAUAUUCAAGAUACAAGUUCAACACCACCCAUGAGGAAAUGGCAUACCUCUGUAAUUGAUCAUACGAAUAAGAAAAUGUAUGUUUGGGGCGGAGUUAAAUCAUUGCACAGCGGGCCUGAUAUCACUCAAGGUGACGGAACCAUGUACAUAUAUGAUAUCGAAAAAUCUAUCUGGACUUCAAAUCCUACUCCUAACCAACCUAUCGGUCGUCAACUUCAUACAGCAACUUUUUUACCCGAUGGACGGAUAAUUAUGAUCGGUGGUGCCUUUAGUUCAGAUGUAGGACAGCUUGAUGUAUAUGAUACGAAAACUAAUCAAUGGUCAAAUAUUGUAGCAACAACAAAUAAUGGCGUUAUUCCCCCAAUUAUUUUUCACUCAGCAACUCUAUUACCUGAUAAUCAGAGUAUAAUCAUAUAUGGGGGUAGCAAUCAAACUGGAUAUUCUGGUCUAGCAGUUUUGAAUCUCUCAAGUUAUGUGUGGACAAUUAUAUCUCCGAUUGGAAGAACGCCGCCCUUAGUUUCAAGCGGCCACAAAGCUACACUCUAUUUUGAUGUCAUAAUUUUCGCAUUCGGUGAAUUUCCUUUCAAUAACUCUCGUUAUCUUAUAGAUAACACAGUAAGAAUCCUCAAUAUCUCCAACGGUCAGUAUAGAUGGAAAAAUCGAUUAAGAGAAGUAAGAUAUGUAACGGAAAGUAAUCAUGAAGUCAGAUAUGUAAUGGAAAGUAAUCACGAAGUCAGAUAG